AUGGAUACGAGACGGUGCCUCGAAUCGACGUACGCAGGAAGAAGGUGCGGCAUGGUGCCCCUGAUGCACCAGGUGGUGACCCUGGGUACCGUCAUCAUGCUGGUCUCCCUCGUCUACGACACCUACCGGCAACCCAGCGCCUCGCCCGAGCCGGACGCGGAAGACUCCGACGUCAGGAAACGAUCCGAUGCCCGUAAACACAAUCAUCAUCCCUCCACGACCAUAAUCACCGAGAAAUUGCGCCAGGUCGAACAACCCUGCAUGCAAAUCGAAUGGCGGAACCCAGUCGCGCUCAGUCGACAGGACUGGAAGCGCGUCGUCCCCGAUAUGACAUCCGAUCGUUUUUCCCUCCGCUCGCCUCCGUGGGAGGUCGAACGAAUGAACGAACGAACGAGUACUUGCAUCUAUCGCUUCAUCUGCGAACUCCACUCGACAGACGACAUUCUCAAGUACGGGGGGACAGGUCUAACCUUCCUCAAGUUUUUCAAGUCGAACCCGGUGCUGGAGCGCCCCUUCAGCGGAUCCUACAACUAUUACUUUGCGGCUCACAUGGGGCAUUUGAUGAGAGGGGGGUCGGGCGGAGGCUGUCCUUUCCUUUUUCCUUCGUGCCCUUUACGGGGAGAGCAGGUUGCCAAGGUCCUUUCCUCCGUCGAGUCCCUCAGGACGUUCUGAGCCGUUUAAUCUCUCGGAUUUCCUUCCACUUUUCGCGAUGAUGCCGACGAUCCCGGUGAUGCGCGAUGACGGUGUCUUUGGCUUCGUAAUAUUUAAUUAUUCAGAUUUGUGCUAGUCAAAAUAAAUUUAAAAUGGAGACGAA